ACGCUCUAACAAGCGGCGGCGCGUUCGCUGUUGAAGGUUCCACGCAAUUUACUUUAACCUUAAUUCUUUUCGUGUGCUGCGAAUCUCUUUGUCUCUCCAUUUUACUACAGCACUUAAAAAGGCGAAGCGUUUCUGCAAUCUUGGCAUCCUUUCUCACGACCAUUUUUGGAUUCUUGAAGCUUCUUGGCGUCCGUUUAUUUAUGAGCAUCGAAUUUGAAUCGGUAAUUUCAAUCAAUUUCUUUACCAAACUUUAUAUAGUUAGGGUUUAUUCGGUAAAGGAGUUCGUGCCAUUCGUUCGAUUGAUCGAUUGAUGGGAUCGACAUCUUUGUGCUACAGAUGCAAUGGGUUCGAUCUCCUAGAUUCGGUCUGUUGUCCUGUUUCCUGUUGAGAAUUCGUGGAAGAAUUUGGGUUACCGCCAUCUCUAUCUCCGUUUGAUCGUCGAUUUCCAGCUAUAGCGAUGUACCACGACGACGCUUCCGACCCAGACCCUUUCUUCGUUCCGAGAUUGCGUCGCAGCGGAAGAAACAGCGAGGAUCGCUCCCCUUUCAAUCGUAUUAUUGUUCUACGCAAUCCCUCUAAUGUUGGCGCUAUUAGUAAUAAUGAUAUUGGAGGUGGAGGAAAUUAUGAGAUUUAUUAUGAUGAUGGUACCGGGGCUAGCCUGCGCCCUUUGCCUUAUAAUAUAUCCGAGUUCUUGAUGGGAUCGGGGUUUGAUCGUCUUCUCAAUCAAUUAGCGCAGCUGGAGGUGAACGGGGUUAACCCAUUGGAACAACCACCGGCUUCUAAGGCUGCAAUCGAAUCGUUGCCUGUGGUUAAGAUUCUUGAUAGUCAUGUGCCUAUGGAAUCGCAUUGUGCGGUCUGUAAGGAGCCAUUUGAGCUCGACUCUGAAGCUCGAGAAAUGCCGUGUAAACAUAUUUACCAUUCGGAUUGCAUACUUCCUUGGCUUUCUAUCCGGAAUUCUUGUCCUGUUUGUCGGCACCAGUUGCCUACCAACAGUGGCAGAAGCUCCCCUGCGUCUGCUGAAGAAGUUGUUGGAUUAACAAUUUGGAGGCUUCCGGGUGGGGGAUUUGCUGUUGGAAGGUUUACUUGGGGUAGGGAAGCUACCCAACAUAACCUUCCUGUUGUUUACACUGAAAUUGAUGGUAGUUUUAGUACCACCAGUGGUGUUCCAAGGAGGAUUACAUGGGCGUCGAGCCGAGGAAGAUCAAACGAAGGUGGUGGUUUUCGUCGUCUUCGACGCAGUUUCUCCUCCUUUUUUGGGAGGUUUAGAAGUUCAUCCCGUCGUUCUAGUUCGGGACCUGGUUUAAUAUGAAGGAGCUUCUCUGCUACGUUAAUUAAUAUGAAUUCCCACACCAUGUACUCUCUUUAGAAAUUGCAAGCGACACGGAAUGCAUAACGGUCCUUUGGACAACGUGUAGUAUGUCCAAUUUUUGUUUUACUAGGUGUAUAUAAGCUAUACAUCAAAAAAGAAAUACAGGAUUCAAUAACUUAUAUGUAGUUGACUGGAGAAGUUUUUGACACUGUGGGAUACAUGUAUAUGUAGAGAAAGAUAGGGAAGGGAGAAGACUGUACAAUCUGCCUGAUCAACGGUUUUUGGCUGUUCAAAUAUUUGGUUGUCUGUUGCUGUUUGAGGUUAGAAGGAUGUUUAGUAGCAAUGUAACCUUGUAACUUCACUGCAAAGCAGGUCUUAUCCUUAAAAAAUACGAAAAUCUACUGUUUUUAGUAUGUCUGUAUCGUUACCUUUCAUGGUUUCAAGUUAAGAUUCAUCUGUCAGACAUUGUUAGUGGCAUUCAUGAUUCUUAAGGAACUCUUAUUGUCUGUUUGAGCUUACUCUCAUUACGUCUUUCUCACAGAUUUCAUCUCACUCAGGAACUCUUAUCCCACCUUUCUGUUUCUGGAGGAGGAUCCAACCUCUUUAAGGAAGGCAGAUUGACAAAGCUGAUAGGGUGGGGAUAAUUUAAUACUCAGAUUCCUGUCUAGUCAUGCCAUCAACUGCUGUUGUAAAGCCAAGCUAUGAUUGUUGGAAUUUUGUACUGAUAUCGUAACGUAAAGGACACAAGGCUCAUCCAGAUCAAUAUGAACCGAGGAGCUCUGUUUUGUUAUUGGAAAUGGAGGUUCUUUGGAUGAUGCAAGAUGAAGGCUUUUCAUGUCUUCUACCAUUUGGAUUUUGGAUUUUGUCUGUGAGAAGAGACAAGUGACUGGACAAUGCACUCCACUCGCAAAGUGCAAAGGAUGUUUGGAUUUACUUACCCAUGUUUCUUUGUUUGGUUGUCUAAGUUGGAGUUCUUGACACGUUUUUCCACUCUGCUUCUGUCACUAUGAAAUGGAUUCGGGUUUUUUUUUUUUAUCGAAGUCCACCCCUGACUGAGAUUGUCCGUUUUGUGAUUCUCUUCAAGAUUUCAAAACGUGUCUACUAGUGAAAGAUUCUCACACCCUUAGUUUCCCUCUCCAAUCAAUAUCCCAUCAAGCAUCUCGCCGCCGCCCCCUUUCCGCCGUCCAAUCGCCCGAUUAGACCAUCGGCGUUGUCUCUCCGGCAAAGCAGCCGCAACCAGAAAAGAACUUCUACGAUUGUCGCCGCCAUCGGAGACGUCUCCGCUGACGGCACCACGUAUUUGAUCGCCGGCGCCGUCGCUGUGGCUCUCGUUGGUACCGCCUUCCCUAUACUCUUCUCUCGCAAAGACCUGUGCCCGGUAUGCGACGGCGCAGGGUUUGUCCGGAAGUCGGGGGCGGCGCUGAGGGCCAAUGCCGCUCGUAAAGACCAAGCUCAGAUCGUUUGUUCUCGUUGCAAUGGCCUGGGCAAGCUCAAUCAAGUGGACAAAUAAAUUACUUUAUUUUAUUUUAUUUUUUAUUUUCCGCCCUUUCCUAAUGUGACUGUAAUAUAAUAUUAAAAUAUAUUAUAAGUCUAUGUACCUUGAGCUUAUAAUAUAUUUUAAUACCAUACAUUGUACUAAAAUCUCAUGAUUUUAAUUCAGAAACCUUCCAAUUAUUAAUUUAA